AUGUCUAUCGAUACCGAUGUUCUGAUUAUUGGAGCAGGCCCAUCUGGCCUAGGCAUGGCCGUUCAGCUUGUACGCAACUUUGGGACAAGGAACUUUGAAAUCAUUGAGAAGACAUCCGACGUUGGUGGAACAUGGUUCGCGAACUCGUAUCCAGGUUGCGGGUGUGAUGUCCCAUCGCACUUUUAUUCUUACUCUUUUGCGCCAAAUCCUUACUGGUCACGCAAAUUCGCGUUGCAGCCUGAGAUUCAUCGGUAUUUUGAAUCUGUUGUCAGCCAGUAUGAUAUUCGUCCUCAUGUGAGAUUUCACUCCGCUGUUGUCUUGGCUGAGUACGACCCCGAGACGGCGAGCUGGAAAGUGGUCAUUGAAGACCAGAGAACAAAACACCAAAUACAUAAGCGCUGCAGGAUUCUCGUCUCCGCCAUUGGCGUCCUUUCGACUCCAAAGAGGUGUGAUAUCCCAGGGGCAGAGAACUUUAAGGGUCGUCUAUUCCACUCAGCACAGUGGGACCACGGCUUCGACUAUAAAGACAAAGAAGUCAUCUGUGUUGGUGAGGGAUCCCCUCAGACCCAAUUAUUCAAAUGGGCAAUUGACGCUUACUUAUUGUUAUUAGGCAAUGGCUGUAGUGCCACGCAAUUCGUGCCAGUUAUGAGCGCUGGUGAAAACCAAGUCAAGAAAAUCACGCAAUUUUCCCGCCAGGCUCACUGGUUAUCCUACCGACCCAACCCUGAAUACUCCGGAGCCUUUCAGUUCCUGAUGUGCUGGGUGCCCGGCGCUCAACGCCUCUACAGAACAUAUCUCUUUCUCACGCAAGAGAAAGACUUUGCUGGCUUUCACAUGAAAAAUGGCCAGAAUAUGCGGAAUGACUGGACAGCUACUACAACUGAGUACAUUCAGAAGAAUUCUCCCACCAAGUAUCGCGACUUCUUAGUACCAAACACCAUCAUUGGCUGUAAGCGCAGAGUGAUGGACACGGACUAUCUUGCCUGCUUACAUCGUAAAAACGUUGAACUCAUCUACGAUGAUCCGAUCGAUCAUAUUACCGAGAGUGGAAUCAUGACAAAGUCUGGUCGAAAAAUCGAUGCCGACGCAAUAGUCCUCGCUAAUGGAUUUGAGACCCAGAAGCCUUUUUCCCCAAUUGAGAUCCGAGGGCAAAAUGGACAAAACAUCGCUGAUCACGUAAGUCAGUAUCAACAAGUAGAAGGAAAGUUCAGGCUAAUUAGUUUUCAGUGGCUUGAAUUUGCGGGUGGCUCCCCAGAAGCUUACUUCGGCACUUGUCUGUCGGGUUUCCCGAACUUCUUCAUUUUGAUGGGACCAAAUACACUUUCCGGACAUCUCUCUGUGCUCUAUACCACAGAAUGCCAGGUAAAUUUCAUCAUCCGAGUUAUUCGACCGAUAUUGGAUGGGCUCAAUCGCUCAAUGCUGCCUUCGCUAUUCGUCACCGAAUACCCUGAAUCUGUUGUUGUUACUCCCGUGGCAGAGCGGAAAGACGUCGCUGUGACCGACCACAAAGCAAAGCAGUUGGUAUGGGCCACUGGCUGUACUUCAUGGUUUAUUGACCCUAGCACCGGACGAAACACCAUCAUGUUUCCCGAUUGGCAAUUCAAAUUUCACCUUCGCAGUAUCUUCAUUCCAUGGACGGAUUUUCUGUACAAGAAGUCUCCCAAGGGAUCUCUUCGGGAGGUUACAGUUGUUCCUCGAUACCCACUUGGGGUUGCCACCGCGAGCAUCAUGCUCUUGGGAGCAUUACUCAGGCUAUCCUCUGCGGAGAGCUUUAAACUGUCAUCGACACUUACUAUCUUGCAACAACAAGUUUCGGGAUUCCUUCCGUGGACUAGAUGA